UUAUCGGUAGGCCGGAACCAGGCUAAGAUAAUAAAGUGUAGUGGAGUGACAUGUGUCUAUAUUAUAUUGACAACAUACCAACAUAAAAUGACGACAGAAAAGAAUUAUAUCCUGCCAUCAGAAGACCCGGAAGUGGAGACGCUACUUGAAAACAUCUUCGUUGAGGGUCUUGACCAAAAGGGAUUGAGCGCAGUGUACGACAGUUUAAGCAACGAUUAUGAUAAGAUUUUAGGUGACAGUAAUUAUUAUGGCCCGCAUUCGGCUGCAGAAGCUGUGUCCAAGUUUUUCAGUAUGGACGAACGUGCUCAAAAGAUAAUCCUGGACAUAGGGGCAGGCACAGGAAUGGUGGCAGAGGAGCUACUGAAAAAAGGCUUUAAGAUUUUUGAUGCGUUGGAUCCCUCCCCAGGUAUGCUUGAAAAGGCAAAACAGAAAGGUCUGUACAGAAAUUACAUCUGUGAGGCGAUUGGUAAGGAUCCGCUGGAUCUAGCUUCAGAUUCCUAUGAUAUUGUCACUGUUGUUGGAAGUCAUACAAAAAAUCACAUAAAAAGUGAAGCACUGGAAGAAAUGAUUCGAUUGGUCAAACCAAAUGGACUCAUUUGCAUAGUGGCUCGAAUGGAGGGGCUUGAAAAAUUUGACCUAUACAAAGAUACAUUCUUUCCUCUAUGUGAUCAAUUAGAAAAAGAUGGAAAAUGGCAAAUUCUGGAUCGUUCAGUAUGUCCAUACUGGAACACAUUGGAGGGCUUGCAAUUGAUAUAUAGAGUUUGUUGAUUUGAGAAGAAUGUUCAAAGAUAGGACCUUACUAAACUGCUUCUCAUGUCAUAUAUCUAGGACAUAAAUAAAGUGAAGAAAACACAUUUAUUUGUUUUAGUUAUAUUAAUGAAAAAGUUAAUGACUUCAUUGAUUUUUUUAAUGUUUGUAGAUUUACAAAGUUAUGUAAUAAAUACAUAAACUGUU